AUGGCGCUCAGAAUCAACAUUCCUCCCGUUACCCGCGUCCUGCUUGCGAUCAUCAUCGCCUUGACCCUACUGUACAACAUUGCUCGAUGGCGGCUCUCACAGUCUGAGCCCAACGCUGCCACACCAUCCUCUCCAACGACGCGGCCUAUUGUUCCCUAUCUCGCACUCGUUCCUUCGCUGUGCUUGUGGUAUCCUUGGACAUUUCUUACCGCCACCUUUGUUGAACAGAACAUCUUCACCCUCCUCGUCAAUGGAACGACCGUCUUCUUCGGCGGGAAAUACCUCGAGAGAGCAUGGGGCUCCCAAGGCUUCAUCUAUGCGAUUCUCAUUGCGGCGGUCAUACCGAAUCUCAUGGCUGUCCCGACGUACAUUGUAUGGGCAACCGUGACUGGGAAUCCCGACAGAGCCUUGACGCCUAUCAAUGGUGGCAUCACUAUCCAGGCAGCCUUCCUCGUCGCGUUCAAGCAGCUGGUUCCGGAACAUACAGUGAGCAUAUACAAGGGGAUGAUCAAGAUGCGCGUGAAGCACUUUCCCGCGGUGUUUCUUGCAGUCAACACGUUGUCGGGUCUGCUUCUUGGGACCGACACUGCGUUGAUCUUAUCCUGGUACGGUCUCGUUAGCACAUGGACGUACCUUCGGUUUUUCAAACGACAACCUGACCUUUCGGGCACAAGCACCGACGGUUCAGGUCUCAAAGGCGACGCAAGCGAAACCUUUGCCUUUGCGACUUUCUUCCCCGACAUCAUGCAACCGCCAAUCGCGGUUCUCUGUGACCAGAUCUUCCUCCUGUUAUGCAACCUCAAGAUAUGUACUCCGUUCUCCGAGGAAGAUAUUGCGACAGGUAACGAACAAGCUGCGGCAAGAGGCGAGAUGGGUCUACCGAACUACAACAAGCAUGCACGGGGUGCACGGGGUUUGAGCAAACGCGAGGAAGCAGAACGACGGAGAGCUCUAGCCCUCAAAGCACUAGACGAGAGACUCAAUGCCUCCAGUAAUCGGGCUGCAACACAGUCACCCUCGACGACUGCUCCGAAUCUGCCGAAGGGACAAGAGAUGCUGGGGCAGACCGAUUACCGACCGGACGAGUAA